UUCACGUAUCCUUUAUAACAAGCAGCAAUGACACGGCCCGGGGCCAGUGUGCACUGCUUCCAGCUACCGGGUGUACUUUAUUAACCGGUUCGGUGCCAGGCGGAGGGAUUUCCCCGGGUUCGCAGUUGACAAAGAUAUUUUCCAGAAAUCUCAACCAUCUGAACACGUCUCUAAUUUAUCAGACCACAAGCUCCUUAGAAAGUCAACAAGUAUGAAACUAGUUGCUUAAAACACAUAGAAGAAAUGGAAUAAUCCGUUUGGGGGACAAAAUAAAUCUUGUGGGAUGUGUUUGCAGUCUGACAGUAGGAAUAGAAAAUGUUCCCUCAAGAAUCUGUGACACUCGUAGAAAAAGAUCAUGAAUAUAUUGAAUAAUAUAUCACCAAGACAGAUGACACAACAUACUGGAGUAUUACUAAGACUUGAAUUAUUUAGGUGUAAUAUUCAGUUUCACAGACACUCACAAGAAAGCUUCUAAUAAAUACUAUAGAUGUUACAUUUUUAAAAUAUUUAUUUGGUGGCGGCCAUAGUAACCACUACUUACAUUCAUCAGUCUGAGCUUUAGAAGAAAAAUUUGGAUUGAGCAUUUUUCCCCAAAAUGUCAUUCAGUGCCACAAUUCUAUUUACCCCUCCACCGGGGCAGAAUGAUGGAAAAUGUGAAUGUAAAGUUGAAAAUGUGCAAGGUGGCUCGAUGUUCGUUGAUGGUACUACCCCUAUCACGGUUGGUGGGCAAGGUGUGGCAGUGCAAGGCUGUGAGCAGCUGCUUCAUCUUAUCUAUCAACGUGUGGAGAAAGCAGUGGGACUCGCCGAAGCUGCACUCAAUGUUGCCAAGGCAAACAGUAGCCUCCUCAGUGAACUUCAGGACGAGGUCAGUAGUCUAAAGAGAGCAAUGGAAAGGCCGGAGGCUCCAAAGUCACCACCAGAUAUGAGCGCAAGAUGUAAGUUAUCAGAGGAGGAAGAUGUUGAAGAAAUUGGAGGAGUUCAGGUUGUCAUUGAGGAGUUGAGACAGCUGGGUGCAGCAUCUGCCUCACUGGUUCCUGGGCUUCACCCUCCAGUUCUGGACAGGACAAGAGACGGUUGCCUACCAGUAUGUCCUCCUAAUGAAACUUCAGCCAUCCUUAGUCCUGUGCAUAUGCCGGUAAGUGAACACCUACAGUGACUUGCUACUAUUGUCUUUUUGUUUUGCCAGACAUUUGACUGUUACUUUGUCCCCCAUGCUUUACACCAACUCGCUUGGCCAUUUGCUAUCAUUGUUUUCUACACUGAUCAUAACAUAAAAUGUAGAUUAUCUUGUGACAAUGGCUCCAUGUGAACAGUUAGUUCUUGAAGUGGACAUGUAGAAAACAGAAAAAAAUUAGCAAGGUGUAAGGAUCGGAGUGACAGCAGACAAAUUGUGAAGGGUCAGAGCAUCUGCGAUACAACUGCAGUCACCACUCUUGCCGCCUCAGGG